UUCCUUUCCUAGGGGUUCUCUUUUUUAUAUCUUGGGGUUCGCGUUUGUUCAGAUAUGGGCUUCCCUUUGUUAAUCCUAGAGAAGCCAAAGAGAAAUACCAUUGGGGAGACUGAAAGAGAUUCAAAGCGUAUACAGUGAAAAAAUGUCACAAGGAAAGACGGAAUUUUUCUUAGUAGUGUCCAUUUUGCAGUCUUGUUUUGUGAUAUUUUCGAACUGGUCUGGAGGGAGGCAGGAACGAUUGGUGCACGGACACAAGGCUUCAACCUCGUUCGUCUGCCAGCUUGCCAUCGAACUGCUUUCUUUCCAUUUGCUUUUCAGGAAAUCGGUGCAUGCUUCUUUCGAAAUGAUUCUACCAGCCUUGCGGAACCUUCUUGAUGUAUGCAAAUCAUCAUCGCUUCGACUACCCCCGACUUCGCGUCUCUUCUCAAUCCGCCAUGUCAAUUGCGACUCCACAGAAGAUGCCAUUGCACUGAAAGAGGCGAAACGCAAAGCCAGGAACGUCAGAAAAAAUGAGAACCGAACACUCCAGCUUCUCACAGAUCCGGACUAUUACGAGCGAUACUACGAGCGCCAAUCUGACCAUUUUCGCAAAUGGUACCAAAAGCCGAAGUCCGCGAAAGAAUAAGGGUGAAACAUAAACUCGACCGACUGCGAAAACUCGCCGAGGAUCCUCAUUAUAAUCUAAAAAAGAUGAUCUUCCGCUGGUGUUAUCGCUAUCCUUGGGUCUGCGAGGAGCUCGACUGGAAGUCCCAUGUGCCCGUC